AAUAAGUCUUGACUCUUACUUGGAACAGCCGUGAAAAAGGAGAACAAACAUCAGCAGCAGCAGCAGCAUUGGAGACCUAAAACGACGGUCGUCUCUGAAAAAAAGCGACCAGAACCGAGUCGAAGACAAACAGCAUCAUGUUUUCUCGCAGGUGGAGGUUUGGUUUUGACAGAUUCACUGAGGUAGACCUCUUCACAGACCGCCAUGAGACCAGUGCAGAGACUCUUUCUCAGGCCAUCAGAGCUGCAGCAUCUGAGGAGCCAGAUGCAGACGGCAGCGUGCUGUUUGGCCACCUAAGGGGCACCGUGGUCGGCCUCAGAUAUUACACAGGGGUGGUGAACCAAGGAGAGAUGGUCGGUUUAGUGCGGCAGCCCCAGAAUCCUUAUGACCGCAAAGCAGUAAUGGUUGCCAACGUUUAUGGCAACCAGGUAGGACACAUCAAGAAGGAGCUGGCUGCAGCUAUGGCUUAUGUCAUGGACAACAACCUGGCUAAAGUUGAGGGGGUGGUGCACUCAGGAACGAAAAACACAUUCACCAUGCCGGUGAAUCUGUCCUUUUGGGGGAAAGAAGAGAACAAAAACACUGUGAUGGAAUCUAUGGCACGUCGUGGAUAUAAACUGAACACAGGUGUAGGCAUUCAAGCAGGUGCGUACCAGAAAUCAUCCAGUGGUCCAGUUGCUUGUGGAUUUCCACCUAAAAAAGGCCUGACCAUCCCACUGACUGCAGAGGAGCUAAAAAAUGCAUUUGAUAACCUGUUUGAAGGGUUGAUGGAGAGUAAAGAUGGGGAGAAAGAAGCAGCUGAGGCUGUGAGCACUUCCCUCCUGCCUCACCAGAAGCAGGCGCUGUCCUGGAUGUGCGCUCGAGAAAACAAAUCUGCUCUGCCGCCGUUCUGGGAGAAGAGAGGCGAGCUGUACUACAACAGCCUCACAUGUUUCUCAGCCAAAGAAAUACCAGAGAGGGUUCGUGGAGGAAUACUGGCAGACGACAUGGGGUUGGGUAAAACUCUGACAACAAUCUCUUUGAUCCUCACCAACUUUCACAAUGGAAAGCCACUGCCUGUGGAGAUAUGUGAGAAGCAGUUUUCACCUACGAAAGCUAAAGCACAGAUGUCGCCCAAACUUGAAGGGAGCAGCAGUGCAGGAAUGGGCAAUACUGCAGGAGGCUCUUUAUGCUCAGACGGAACCCAGGUGGAGGCAACACCAGAUGUAGUGGAGAUAGCAGAUGAGCCAGAGAAAAGUACAAGCAAAGGCAAGAAACCCAUGAAGCGAAAGCCCAGUAAAGAGGCUUCAGUAUUGUUUGAGGAUCUGGACUUUGCUGCAGCGCUGAGUGGCUCAACAUCAGAUACAGCCUCAAAGAAGAAGAAAACUGCCAGCGCCACACAGCGUGUGGAAUCCUCCGUCACUGAAAACACAGAUGACUUAUCAGCCAAAACAACUCUCAUCAUCUGUCCGCUGUCUGUGCUCAGCAACUGGCUGGACCAGUUUGAGCAGCAUGUGCAUUCUAACGUGAAGCUAAACGUCUAUCUGUACUACGGUUCAGAGCGCAACAGGAGCAAGAAGUUUCUGUCCUCUCAGGAUGUGGUGGUCACAACAUACAACGUCCUUUCUUCUGAGUUCGGGAAUAAAAGUCCCCUACAUGGGAUCAACUGGCUGAGGGUCGUGCUGGAUGAAGGACACAUCAUAAGAAACCCAAAUGCACAGAUGAGUAAAGCUGUGCUCGACCUGAAAGCUCAGAGACGCUGGAUUCUUUCAGGUACUCCUAUCCAGAACAGUGUGAAGGAUCUGUGGAUGCUGCUGGCCUUCCUGCGUCUGAAGCCCUUCGAUGUGCGAGAGUGGUGGAACAGAGUGAUCCAGAGACCAGUUACACAAGGAGAGAGGGCUGGCGUGCAAAACCUUCAGACCCUGGUGAAGUGCAUCACCCUGCGACGGACCAAGACCAGUGAGGUGAACGGACGUCCUCUGGUGUCACUGCCUGACAAGAAGGUGUACGUGGAGCAGGUGGAGCUCAGCCAGUCGGAGAGGGAGGAGUACGAACGGGCGCGCAAGGAAGGAAAGAACAUCAUCAAGAGAUAUGUAGCAGAAGGGACGGUCUUGAGGAAUUACGCUGAUGUACUAGCAAUCCUGAUGAGGCUCCGACAGCACUGCUGCCACCCUGAUCUGCUGGCAAAGAUACCAUCAGAGUUAGGCGCUGCAGCAACACCAGCAGAACUGCGGGAGCGUCUGAUAGAAAAGUUACGGUUGGUGUUGGCCAGCGGCUCUGACGAAGAGUGUUCAGUGUGUCUGGACUCAGUGCGACUUCCCGUCAUCACACACUGUGCCCACGUUUACUGCCGGCCCUGCAUCGCCCAAGUCAUCAGCACUGAGCAGGAAAAGGCUCGCUGUCCUCUCUGUAGGAGUGAGAUCAAAACCAGUGAACUGGUGGAGUUUCCACCGGAGGAACUGGAAGAAAGUAGUACAAACUCUGAGAGGUGGAGGACAAGCUCAAAGGUGCAGGCGCUGAUGGGAAACCUGCUCAGGCUGCGAUGUGAAGACAGCAGCAUUAAGUAUUUGGUCGUCUCUCAGUUCACUCGAUUCCUCACCAUUCUGGAGACUCCACUCAGAGAGCACAGUUUCAGUUUUGUGCGUCUGGAUGGCACCAUGAACCAAAAAAGGAGGACCCAAGUCAUCCAGGAGUUUCAGAGCUCUGCAGCCGACAGUCCUGUUAUCAUGCUUCUGUCUCUUAAAGCUGGAGGAGUGGGGCUUAAUUUGACCGCUGCUUCCCAUGUUUUCCUCAUGGACCCUGCCUGGAACCCAGCUACUGAGGAGCAGUGUAUUGACCGCUGCCACCGUUUGGGCCAGAAGAAGAAAGUUGUUGUCACCAAGUUCAUUGUCAAGGACUCGGUGGAGGAGAACAUGGUGAAGAUCCAGAGGAAGAAGCAGGACCUGGUGGAGAAGGCGUUCGGCUCCACAAAUGCCGACAGAAAAACAUCUCGUAUCGACGACAUCCGAGCUCUAAUGGAGCUGUAAUGGACUUUAACCGAUGCAUCAACGUGAAAACAACCUGGAAAUAGAAUUUGAAUUGUAACAGUCUGACAGUGUUCCUUUAUUGGGACAAGAGUUGCACAGAAUUUUUGUACACUUUAAAGUUUGAUUUAUAGAUGAUUUUUCAUGUCUUUAUUUGUUUUACUUCUGCUUUUAUUCAGUUAGUCAACACUUUAAUACUGAUUCAGUUGCAGGACGCUUCAUGUGGAAAGCUGUCAUAUUUGUUCAGCUGUUUUUCUUGAUUUUGUUAAAAGUCAUCACCCUGGAACGGAGACUGGAUCGAGAUACUCGCCUUUUGUAUCAGUUUGAGAUUUUACUAAGAAAAAUGUAACAGGUGUGAAGAUGCUGGAGUUUUUUCAGCAAUCCUGAAUUAAAGAAAUGCAGACCACUGA